UGGAAAUCUUCCUUAUAUAGCACCCGAGGUUAUAUUUGGAAAAGAAUAUACUUUUGCAUCUGAUGUUUAUAGUUUUGGUAUACUUAUGUGGGAAAUUUCAUCAGGACAAUCACCUUUUAAUACUUACGAACAUAAUUAUGAUCUUGCAAUGAAAAUAGUUAAUGGUAUGAGACCAAAAAUUGGAUCAGGAGUCCCAUCAAAAUAUAAAGAAAUAAUGAAACAAUGCUGGGACGCCAAUCCAUCAAAAAGACCUGAUGCGGCUACUCUUUUCGAUGAAAUUCAAAAAAUGCGGGAAGAUUCAUACAAUAAUGAUAAUGCAAAUGAAUUUAAUACUUUAGAAUAUAAUUCUUCUCAAAUUUCUCAAGUCAAUUCAAAUUCAAGUUCUAAUCUACAUUUAUUAUCAACUAGUAAACUUUAUCAGUUCGGAAAUUUACCAGAACCAAGAAAUGCGACUGAGGGUAAGUUAUGA